UAUUAUUCCUUUGUUUCUUUUAUUUGUGUAAGGCAUGUGGGGUUAAUUGCAAUAAGAUGAUUUAAAAGGUAUGACGUUUUGUCAUCACUAACGUUGGCGGCGCUACUUAUACUUGAUUUUGACGUCACUAGAGGGCGCUUACCUGAUUAACUUCAUUUAUUAAUUUUGAAGAUGAUUUUUGGGAAAGGAUUUGUGUGGAGUCUUGGUUAGGCCAUUGCAUAAUUAUUAUACCUACACCUUAACUUUUGGCCUUUACAAACAUUCAUGUUGAUCAUCAAGAAAUCUAAUAAUUCUAUACAAGCAGCGUGACUCGUUUCCAACUCCCCCUCCCCUUCCUUAGCAACCCUAGACCUCUUUUCAGUGGAUCCCGAUUGCUCGUAUCUGAUUGGUGGAAUGCCAGUUAUUAUUAAACCACUGCUGCGAAUCCGGCCUAUAUACCGCAGAACCUAUCGUGUAUAGCAGUUGCGAACACGGUUUUCACUAAAAGUUGCUGUUCUUGCAUAUUUGGUUUUCCAAUUUCUCCCACCUCAAAUUGAGAAUGAUGAGCCAGGCUGUGACCCAACAGCCAAGCCGCCGGUCACCGGGCGCGACGGAGAUGAACUGGGUGGGCACACCGACAGCCUACCGGGCACAGGGCAGUCUCGACGGCACAGAGACGGGCAAGAUUUACGCUGGGCUGGAGAUCCUUCGCCACACAGACCAGGUGACGGUCCAACAGACAGUGGAGACUGUUGGUGCUGGUUGUGACGUCACUAAUACAUAUUUGAUGACAAACAAGGAGAACGAGCAACUGUUUCAAGCGAUAGAAGGUGCGUCUUGCUGUGGGCGUUUCUGGUGCGGUCCUGCACGCCCCCUGCGCCUCGCUCUCAGGGACAAACUGGGCAAUGACGUCAUCCAUGUGGUACGUCCUCUACGGUGUGACGCUUGUUGCUGCCCGUGUUGCAUGAUGGGAGUCAUGGUCCAGACACCGAAUGGCGAGGUUAUCGGAUACGUCAAACAAACUUGGAGCUUUUUCGGAGCUACUUUCAAGAUCGAAGAUGCCGACAAGACGCCGCUGAUGACUCUCUGGACAUCGUGUUGCCCGUGUAGAUGUCGAACCGACAUAGAAGUACAGGUUUGGAAGUUGUCUGAUGAUGGGAUGGGAUUGAUCCGCAAGCAGUGGGGAGGAAGACGGCAAGACAUUAACAUGGAUCACGAAACAUUCACAAUCCAAUUUCCUCCAGGGUGUGACAUCAAGUGUAAGGUACUUCUCAUCGGAGCUGCUUUCUUAAUGGAUUUGAUGUUCUUUGAGAUGACUUAACUUAAACUCAAAGCCACAUUCAGCACGAGGGCGAUAUCUCCGUGUAAAGGCGAGACAAAGUUCUUAAUUUUUUUUGUGUAAGUCCGUUUUUUGUCAGAUUCUUUUUUUUUAGUUAGGCUUACAAUAGACAUGUACAUACGUAUCUAAUCAGGACGCAUUUAAUCAAGCAGUACAUGUAUAUAUCAAUAUAACAUGGAGAUUCUGCAACACUUUGAAUAAAAUGACGCAACAAUGACACAAAAAUUGUAUUUACAAAACAUUUUUAAUAGUGCACAUCAUGACAACAACCCACUGCUCUAUUGAUAUUAUGUUUGGACCCAUCAGAGAAAAUUCAUAGAUGCAAGCAAAUGGUUCAGGUAAUUUUGAAUUCCGUAAUUGUUAUAAAACAUGUAAAUGUUUUAAACCGGUUCCUUGUGUGGACCAGUUACCAAUAUAUGGAGCUUUUAGAAUUUCAAAGGAACAUACUCAGGAGUAGCACACAAGGCAACCUGGGGAAUAGCAAAUGAUAAAUAUUAAUUGUGAAUUUUUAUCACAGUCACCGGAUGUACCGAUGUGAACGAGUGAAAUCAUGGAUGGUGUUUCAACAUUUCAUUACUCACUAUUCUUAUCAUGGUAUUUGCAGUUACUCUGGGCAGUUAUGACUGGAACAAUGGAGCAUGUUUGUUUGAGCUACCGUAAACAAGUACUGG